AUGGCUCAAAAUGCUAAUUCGAAGAGACCUGGGACUCCUCCACAAGGGCAGUCUCAACAGCAACAACAGCAGCAGCAGCAACAACAACAACCGCAAUCUCAACAGCCUCAAUCCCAGCAAGCUCAAUCCCAGCAGCAAAGAGGUCAACCAAGGCCCAAUGGUCCCUUCUCGGCUUCUGAUUUGAACAGAAUCGUUCUCGAGUAUCUCAACAAGAAGGGUUACCAUAGAACUGAGGCAAUGCUAAGAGCAGAAAGCGGACGUACUUUAACAUCGCCCAAUAAGCAGUCACCAGCCAAUGUGAAGACUGGUAAAUUACCUGAACCAAAGACAACACCAGCAGGUGUGGAUAAGAAUGCCAAACCGGUCAGUAAUCCGGCCAUCCCCGCCAAGAGAGACUCGUCGUCAGCUGUGGUUAGCGAGGAGCAAUUAAAGGAAACUACCUCGUCUGAGAAUUACAUUAGAGCCUAUUCAAUGCUCAAAAAUUGGGUCGAUUCAUCGUUAGAAAUCUACAAGCCGGAACUGCAAUACAUUCUGUAUCCGAUUUUCAUCUAUUUGUUUUUAAUCCUUGUCUCUAAGAAUGCAUUACACGCAAGGAGAUUUUUUGACAGAUUUUCACCAGAUUUUAAGAUUAACCACAGCUCAGAGAUUAAUAGGCUGUUUAGUGUCAAUUCCGUGGAUCAUAUCAAGGAAAAUGAAGUGGCAAACGCGUUCCAUACAAACCGUUACAAAGUAACGAUUUCCAGGACGACGUUAAACUUAUUACUUUAUUUCCUCAAUGAAAAUGAAGGUGUCGGUGGUUCACUUAUUAUUAGCGCAAUAAAUCAACAUUUGGAUCCCAACGUUGUCGAUACCGUUACUUCCAAGGAUCAGUUAGCCGACGGUAUCAAAGUGAUCGAGUCUAGUGGUAAUGCUGAUGAUAGCGAUAUUAACACGGCUAAAGUUAAGUUGGGACCAUAUCCAAGAGAUCAAGAGUUUUCAAAAGAAAUUGAAACUGAAUUGAAAAUCAGAGAUGAACAGGAGAAGCGCUCCGAUAAACAUACGCUUGUGCAAGAAUACAAAGUCAUGAACAAUGAACCUUACGAAGAACCUACGCCAGAUAUCAAAGAAGAAGAGAGGGAGAAGGAAAAGGAGAAAGAAAAGGAAAAGGAGAAGGACAAAGAAAAUGGUGAGAAAACUGAGACUAGUGGUACUGAUGAUAAAGGUACUGAUGAUAAGGACGGUGAAACUGAGGAAAAGGAGGAAAGUAAUGAAACCGCUCCAACACCUAAAACGGAAGAGAAAAAACCUGUGACUAAAGCCCAACAGCCUCAAUUGGAGGAUGCAAACAUGGAAUCACCAGCACUUGAUGCGUUACCAUUACCACCAAAAACUACUCUCGAUAUUAAAUUGGAAGUUCAACGUGUUAAGGAAUCAAGAGACGCUAUAAAAUUAGACAAUUUACAAUUGGCAUUACCGAGCGUUUGUAUGUAUACGUUCCACAAUACCAAUAGAGACAUGACUAGUCUAGAGUUUAGCGACGACUGCCGGUUAGCCGCCGCAGGUUUCCAAGAUAGUCAAAUUAAAUUAUUUUCACUGGAUGGUUCACCACUAGGUAACAGGUAUGAUCCAGAUUUACCAGAAGAUGCGACUUCCAAGACGUUAGUAGGUCAUAGUGGUACAGUGUAUUCCACCAGUUUCAGCCCUGACAAUCGUUAUUUGGUCUCUAGUUCCGAAGAUAAAACCGUACGAUUGUGGUCGUUGGAUACUCACAGUGCUUUAGUUAGCUAUAAAGGUCAUAAUCAUCCAGUGUGGGAUGUGAAAUUUUCGCCGUUAGGCCAUUAUUUUGCAACUGCCUCUCACGAUCAUACCGCUAGAUUAUGGUCUUGUGAUCACAUUUACCCAUUGCGUAUCUUUGCAGGUCAUUUAAACGAUGUGGAUUGUGUAUCAUUCCAUCCUAAUGGUUGUUACCUCUUUACAGGUUCCAGUGAUAAGACCUGUAGAAUGUGGGAUAUUGCUACUGGUGACUGCGUAAGAUUAUUCCUUGGAUUGACUGCACCGGUCAUUUCUACGUGCGUUUCUCCCGAUGGAAGAUGGUUAUCAACAGGUAGUGAAGAUGGUAUUAUUAACGUCUGGGAUAUUGGUACAGGUAAACGUUUGAAGCAAAUGCGUGGUCAUGGUAAAAAUGCUAUUUAUUCUCUAGCGUACUGUAAAGAAGGUAAUGCGCUAAUUAGUGGUGGUGCAGACCAUUCAGUGCGAGUCUGGGAUCUCAAGAAAGCUACUACAGAAUCAGGUCCCGAACCAGAGCAAGCAUUCGUUGGUUAUUUGGGCGAUGUUACAGGUUCUAUCAAUCAAGACAUUAAAGAAUAUGGUAGAAGGAGAACCGUUAUACCAACUAAUGAUCUUGUAGCUUCGUUCUACACAAAGAAGACUCCAGUGUUUAAAGUUAAGUUUACAAGAAGUAAUCUGGCACUAGCGGGUGGUGCAUAUAGAGAUUGA